AAAAUGCAUGGCGUCCUCGACGCAGGAUACUUCCUAUAAAAUGUGGAGCGACCCCUUGUGGCCACAGUAUCGAGCUGACCACGGCCACAGAAGGACACGAAUAUGAAAUUGGUCUUUAUAACCGCUGCCUUUUUGGCGCUGACUCUUGCUUCUGAAGAACCAGAAGCAAAUUUCGAGGAUCAAGAUGUAUCAGCGACCGAAGAACUAAUAAAAUACGAUCAAGUAGCCGCACAGUCUGGAGUAAGAAAUAACUUCGCUCAGUACUACGCACCUACGGCCGCACCUCCACCUUACGUACCUCCCAGCCAGACACCUCAAAGGCCAUGGAACCCUUCCCCUAGUAACUAUAUUCCUUCACAGAGCACCCCAUCACAAUCCUUUGGUAACUACGUACCCUCAAGUACCCCAACAAGUAACUAUGUACCAUCCCAAAGUACAGUAAACAUACCAACAAGUAGCAACUACGUCCCUCCCUCACAAAGCUACUAUCCAGUCCAAAAUGAUCCACCACAAAACAACUGGAAUCAACAACAGGGCAACUACGGCCGGCCCCAAAAUAACUACGUGUCACCGCAAAAUUCUUGGAAUAAUAACAAUUGGCAAAACAACAAUUGGAACCAACAGCAACCACAACAACCACAAAAACCUCAGCAACCACAACCAGUGCCCACCACAACCACAACAACUUCGACACCGACUGUAGCUGUGAUUAAAAACGAACAAUCCUACGGAGAAAACGGCAGCUACAAAUACGAAUACGAGAUCGCUGACGGCACACACGUCGGCGAAGAGGGAUACUUCACAAACCCUAAGGCCACCGAUGAGAGUAUCGUGAAGAAGGGAUGGUACUCCUUCACUGAUAACAACGGCAAGGUCUACACUGUCACGUAUUGGGCUGACGAAAGCGGCUACCAUGCGACCGGAGACCAUCUGCCAACUCCACCUCCAGUUCAUCCAGCGAUCCAAGCGGCUCUCGAACAGAACGCGAAAGAAGAGGCAGCUAAAGCUGAAGCAGAAAAGAAUAAACAACAAACUCAGACGGUGAAUCCCCCACAAACAUACCCGCAACAGGAACAAAAUCCCCAACAAGUGUACUAUCCACCACAGACACAGAAACCGGUUUACUACCCACAACAGACUCAGAAACCGGUGCAACCAACACAGCAGCCCGCGGUUUACCCUCAACAAACACAGCAAACUUACUACCCACAGCAACAACAACAGCAAACCUACUAUCCACAACAGAACCAACAAACAUAUUACCCGCAACAAACCCAGCCUCAACAGAAUUAUCAUCAUCAACCGAGCUACGGCAAAUAAUCUGCGAUAUUAGAAACGUAAAUUAUACGGCGACGAUAAAUAAUUGGUAUUGCAAACACGUACCACAUAAGUUUAACAUAAAUUAUUAAUAUUUCAAUAUGAAUGAAAGGAUUUAAAAUAAUCAAAUCAGCAAUCCUGUGCACGAUAUUUAUUGUGCUCUCGAUUACUAUUUGAUAUUCAUUUGUAAUAUUAUUUUCGUUGCCAUAAACGUGUGUGAUUUACUAUUUUUAAGUUAAUUAAAUAUAUUGUAAAUUA